GUUUCCCAGUGAAAAGGAAGGGAACAAUCAGGGCCCCCGGAGAACGGGGAGAUCAAUUUAUAACACAGAAUGAAGGUGUUAAAGCCGCACAAUGAGAGAUCAAAGUGGCCAACAGAAGGUGCCGGAGGGGAAGCAGAUUGUCCUUUACAUUUUGCUACGGCGGCCUGUAUCUUUGUAACAGCAGAUUAACCCCCAAAAUGAAAAGAUUUCCUUAUCAUUGGGCCGAGAGGAGGUGCUGCUACUGGAAUGACUUUCAUCUUUCGGAACAUUUCUAAACUAUUCUGUUGGACAACUCCCGUAUGGAAGGCGCUCACUUGUCCCAAGAAAUAUCUCUCACAACAAAAUACAUUGCCCUUGUCCAAACAUCUGGAGGCUGCGCAUCUUCUCCAAUGGAUCACAAUGAAUCUGUGAUAGUUUUGAUUGGGGGACGAAUGAUUUAACUGCCUACAAACCUACUUCUCGGAAUCAGCAAAGAGAUUCUUUUGGAAUACAUUACUGACUGUCUGAUAUAACCUUGGAUUGUUAAAGGUUACAUCUACUAUCAUUUUGUUUAUGUAAAUAUGGAGUCCGGCAUUUUGAUGAUCUUACUUGUAAUCAUUAUCCUGUCAAGGUUCAUUUUAUGGUCAUGCCUUAGUUCCUACAUUGAUUAUAAACUUUCCAAAAGAUUUCCUGAUGCAAUGAAGAAUGACUAAAUGGUUUGAUGAAGAACUGGACAAUGGGCACAUAUAUAUAUAUGUAUAACUUCAGUUUACUGUUUUAUGGAAGUUAAGGCAAUCUUAUGUGGGUCAGUAUAUCCAACCAGUCAGCAAUGGCCUUAACAUAAACAAGAUGUUGUCUGACAUGGUCAUAUGAUAUUAAACUCUUCAUUCAUCCAA